UGUAGUAUAUUCUUGAUUCUUCUUUGCGGUUUGUGAUAUUAUAGAUAAAAUCUUUUGAUUCUGUUAAAAGGGUUUUAUAAUUGUUGUAUUUCUGCAGAAAACAAGCAACUGGGGUGCCGUUUAAGUUGAGAAAAUUUUCAGAAAUCAUCUUGAGAGGUGGGAAUUUGGCGGCAAAAGAGAGAUUUUUUUGGGUUAAUUUUAAUUACUCCAUCUGGGUUUAAGUUAUAGUAGAAAGUUUCAGCGAAAAUGGUAACUAAAACAGUGGAUCUCCGUUCGGAUACAGUGACCAAACCAACUGAAUCCAUGAGGGCUGCCAUGGCUAAUGCUGAAGUUGAUGAUGAUGUAUUGACAUAUGAUCCAACCGCCUUCCGAUUAGAAUCAGAAAUGGCAAAAGUCACGGGCAAGGAAGCUGCCUUAUACGUUCCAUCGGGCACAAUGGGUAACCUCAUUAGUGUCCUUGUUCAUUGUGAGAUAAGGGGAAGUGAAGUCAUUCUUGGAGACAAUUCUCAUAUACAUAUUUAUGAGAAUGGAGGCAUUUCGACAAUUGGUGGUGUGCAUCCAAGGACAGUAAAGAACAACAAAGAUGGAACAAUGGAUAUCGAUUUAAUUGAAGCUGCCAUCAGAAAUCCAAAAGGGGAGCUUGUGUACCCAACUACCAGGCUUAUCUGUUUGGAGAAUACACAAGCAAACUGUGGCGGGAAAUGCCUUUCUGUAGAAUAUACCGACAGAGUUGGGGAGCUAGCCAAGAAGCAUGGUCUAAAGCUUCACAUUGAUGGAGCUCGAAUUUUCAAUGCAGCAGUUGCACUCGGUGUACCUGUUCAUAGGCUUGUACAAGCUGCUGACUCAGUUUCGGUAUGCCUAUCAAAAGGUCUGGGAGCUCCAGUUGGUUCUGUUAUUGUUGGUUCUAAAAGCUUUAUCGACAAGGCUAGAAGGCUCAGGAAAACCUUGGGUGGGGGGAUGAGACAGAUUGGCAUCCUUUGUGCUGCUGCCUUGGUCGCUUUACAAGAGAAUGUUGGAAAGCUCGAGUCUGAUCACAAGAAAGCCAGAAUAUUAGCAGAAGGAUUGAAUCAAAUUAAGGGUUUAAGAGUUGAUGUUGAUUCAGUGGAGACAAAUAUCUUAUAUUUUGACAUAGAGGAGGGCGCAAAAAUCAAAGGAGACAAUCUAUGCAAGAACUUGGAAGAACAUGGUGUACUCGUGAUGCCAGAGAGCUCAUCAAGAAUUCGAAUUGUUCUCCACCAUCAAAUUUCAGCUAGUGAUGUGCAGUACACAUUGUCAUGCUUUCAGCAAGCUUUGAGUGGAGCACAUGAAGAAAAUGGGAACUAGCGGGAGAACUUGUAAUCUUUCACUUUUAAAAGUGCUUCCAUAAAGUUAAAAAAAAAAAUGUUAAAAUCUUUCUUGUCAAAUCUAUUAAGAGACAUUGAUUACUGUCUAAGAACUCAUAACUGCACCAAGCCCUUGCUAGUUAUCAACAUUUAGCAAGUUUCUAUAAAAUGCAUUUUAUUUAUUUAA